UAAACAAAUGUGUACGUUGUAGUCCAAUCCUCCCUUUCCUCAAAAAUUUAUAUAAUGCCGGAAAUAUCUCAACAUUAUAAAUAUUUUAAUUUAAUUUCAUUCCUCAAGUCAAGUCCUACAUUACAUAUUCACUUUUUUUUUUUGAAGAAAAAAUAUAUAUUUUUCUGGAUUCUAGGGUUUCGAGUUCAAGCAUCAUUCUCUAAUGGCGGAACAACACUUGCUAGUGAUUUUUCAGUGUAUACUCUAGUGACUUAGUCCUUACGAUUUGGUUGUCUCUCAUUAUAUUGCAAAUGGAAGAAGUAGCGUCGGAGUUGAAAGUAACAGAACUGAAGCAAGGCAGUCUCGGCAAAGCUUACGAAGUUCUGAAUACAGAAGCUUCUACACUGCUUAUGUUAACAUUUCAAUGGAAAGACCUUGAGGAACAUUUUAACUCCAUUCGGAAAACGCUCAAUGAGAAACUUGAAGAGCUUGUGGAGCGGGAGAAGAAUGUGGAAGCCAGAGAGAAGCAGUUGGAAGCCAAGGAAUCGCAGUUGUCCGUGGAUAUUGCGGUGAAAGCAGAGAAUUUGAAUGGCGUCGAGAAAAGAAUCGAAGAGCGUAACCAGGCGUUGGAUUUGUCGAUUAAGAAAAAACGCGAAGAACUUGAGGAUACUGUGAGGAGAUACCACCAGGCGCAGAAAUCGUUAGUAGAGAAGGAAAAAGAUAUGGAGCAUUUGGCGAAAGGUAUUAAAGAGAGGACAAGGAGAUUGGAUUCUCUGGAGAGAAGUAUUAGGGAAAGGUCUGACGAAGUUGAAACUAAGAAGAAAGAACUUGAUUCGAUUCGAGGAAUGCUGAGGAAAUGCAAAGAUGAUCUCGAUGUGAAGGAUAGACAGUAUCGUUCGGUUCGAGGUGUGGUUGAGGAUCAUAAGAACGAAAUUGAGCAGAAAGAACAGAUACUCAGAGUGCUUAGAAGUUCAAUUCACGAAUGUGAGAAAGAAAUUAAAUUGAAUGACGAAAAGCUUAAAUCGAUUCAAUUCUCGAUUCUUGGAAAGCUUUCGGAAUUUGAGUCAAUCGAAAAGAGACUUGAGUUCGUUCGGAUGGAUGAGGAAGUGAUUAAGAAUAAUUUUUUUUCAUUGAAAAAAUCAGUGGACGAAUGUGCUUUUGAAUUUGAUAUGAAAGGGGUGCAAUUUGAGAGUUUGGUGGAGAAUCUUCAACUGAAGGAAAAAUCGUUAGAAUCAAAAAUUGAGGAAUUGGGUUUGAUCCAAAAAGGGGUCAAAGAAAUCCUCGAAGAGGUUGAAUUGAAAGAGAAGAAUGUUGCUUCAUUUCAAAGAUUGGUGGAAGAACGUUUCCAAGAAGUAGAGAAAAGAGACCUAUUUGAGAAAAGGGUCAAUGAGUUUCCUACUUGGAGACAGAUAGGGUUUGAAUCUAUACAAAAGUCAACUGGUUUAUUAGGAGUAACUGAAGAAAAUAAUCUUAAGCUUGACAAAUCAGAAAAUAAUCUCAACACUGCGGAUUUUCUAUCAUUUGCUACCUAUCAAUACAGCAUCACUAAUGGGCAAUACUUGCAGAUGCUUUUGAGUGAUCAAUUGAGGAGGCAUGAAUUUCGUUGUACUGAACUUUAUGCUGUUCUUCAAACAUCACCAGACCCUCCAAAGUUGGUAUUAGAUGCAGUUAAGGGGUUUUACCCCUUGCAUUCAAGUAGUGAUAAUAAGGAGCUUGACCUGAAAAUUGUAAGAAGGAGCUGCCUUCUUUUGUUGGGACAAUUAAUGAACACUUCACCCGAUAUUAGCCCUCAAGUGAGAGAGGAAGCAAUGAAAUUGGCUGUUGAUUGGAAGGCUAAGAUGACCGUGACCACUGAGAAAGAGAAAAGUUUGGAAGUGCUGGGUUUUUUGCAGCUUUUGGCUAGCUUUAGACUGUCCUCUGCUUUUAAUGCUGAUGAGGUUCUCAGUCUCUUUGAUGUUGUUGACCAGAACAGAGAAGCUAUUGAAUUACAUCGGGCCCUUUGCAUUGCAGACAAAGAACAUGUUGACAUGGAGGAGGAAGCACAAAAUUUUGGAGCAAACGACACUGCCGCAAGUUCUUCAAAUUUUAAAUCCAUUUCAACCACGAGCGAAAGAAGUUCUGAGCAUAUUUUGCUUGAAGAAUUGACACAGGACAAAAUUUUAUCUGUUCUGCAAAUGCCGGACCCAGCAAAACAAGUUUUGGUCAUUGUGGAAGAGUCUUUUUCUAAACUUCGGAAGAGUGGAGAUGUUGGUUUUAAGGAAAGUGUCAUGUUGAGUUACAUUUCCUUGUUUGAGCAGCUAUUGAGAAUCUCACCACGAAUUGAAUCUCACUUGAGAGAAUAUGCAAUAAAGGUAGCAUAUGAGUGGAAAGAAAAGAUAAGAGCCAAUAUUGAAAACUCUUUAGAGCUUUUGGGGUUUCUACAUUUCCUUGGUAUAUAUCGAAUUUUUCCAAUCUUUGAAGAUGAUGAUGAUAUUUUGAGUUUUCUGGAUACGAUCACUCAAAAUAAACAUGCUCUAGAACUAAGUCGUCCCCUUGCUUCUGCAUAUAAGAUUCCUUUCUUUAUUCAACAUCUGAUUCAAAGGAACAAAUUCAUUGCGGCAAUCAGACUCACUUAUGCAUUCGAGUUAACAGAAAUGUUCGAGCCAGUUAAACUAUUGAAAGAGUACAUGGACUAUGUGAAGAGUUAUACCAGACAGCUUUGUGUGCAAAAGAAAUCAGCCGAAGAAAAGGAUGCAGCCACUGACGAAGAAAUAGCUGCUCUAAUGAAUGUAGUUGAAUGCAUCAAAAUUUAUGGUCUUGAAACUCAACUCUCACCUGACAAUAUAACAAAGCGCAUUGCCUUGCUGGAAAAGAUAAAGAACGACAGGAAGCAUUCAACACUAUUUUUCCAGUCCCAGGAUGAAAAACAGCCACAGCCACAGCCGCAACAGCAGCAGCAGCAGACAGGCGGGAGAAGAAAAAGAAGAAAGGGCAGUCCAGUCUCUCAACAACAAUCGCAAAAGCAAAGCAAAAACCAAUGUACCCGAGCAACUUCUUCCCCUAAAUCCAGUUGCUCGCCAGUUUCAAAAGUAGUUCCUCAGCAAAUGAAUUAUCCACCUAAUCAUCUGAUUGGAGUUGGAGCUGCGUUGGCUAGCCGUCUACAGUUUGGUUCAGCUGAUAGCAACAAUGCUGUUGGUGUCUUGCCUGAUCAGUAUGAACCCCAUCUAUUUACCUUUUAUUAGUUUUCAUACCACACGUUGGGCACAAAACUAAUAAUUUUACAUCAAUGCGUAGUUGUCAGUGAUUGAGGAAAAUUUGUGGUAAGUAUCAUCAUCAAUAGACAUUCUUUUGCUUUUUUCGUUUAUAUAUGUACCUAGGCAUUCAUUCACAUGGUUCUAUUUCCCAAAUAUGAGGCAUUUGUGUAUAAGCUCAUUUGCGAAAACCCAACAUGUGGUGGUGGAUUUGAUCUGGUUCCGAGCUUAGUCUACAGUAGUACAGUGGAUCAAUUACUUCCAUAGUUACUUAACACAACAUGCAUUUUGUUUUUGACUGUAAAAACAAGACUAAAGAUGUCACCCAAAUUUAUAUAGGUGGGGGAUGAUAUGCUGUGAAUUUUUUUAUUUUAUACUAUUACUCAUCUUGUUCAUAUUUCUUUACUUCACUGUAAUUGUGUAGAAGUUUGUUGUCUAGGUUUGAAAACAUUUACAAAUUAUAU